UCUUGGCUCGAACAGCCAAAGCUGUAUUCAUAUGUAAAUUAGAGCCUAUAAAUACGUACUACACCGUCUGACUACAAGAGCGUAACUCGUUAAGGCUGCACAAUAAACGGACGGCCUGUUUGCCUGUGGUGCGAUUUUUUUUCUAUCUGGCACCGUCUGCCAUCUGCCCCUCUUUCAAGGAUCGUAACGUGACAGCGGAAUACAACGACAGCUCUCCAAAGUGUGUGGGUUGAAACCAACAUGGCCCCCUCAUCCCGACUCAGCAAAAACGGAUCUAGCAGGGAUGAGGAUGAAUACUAUGGCAUUAAAGGAGACAGAAAGACGAGAAAGCCCUUGGUGGAGAAAAAGAGGCGAGCUCGUAUCAAUGAAAGUUUGCAGGAGCUGAGGACUCUGCUUGCGGGCACAGACGUCCAGUCAAAAAUGGAAAAUGCCGAAGUGCUGGAAAUGACUGUGAAACGAGUUGAAACUAUUCUGCAACAUCGGGCUCAGGAAGCUGACAGUAUGAAUCGGGAGGCGAGCGAGAGGUUUGCAGCGGGCUACAUUCAGUGUAUGCACGAGGUGCACACAUUCGUGUCCAACUGCCCGGGGAUCGAUGCGACGGUGGCCGCCGAGCUCCUCAAUCACCUUCUGGAAUGUAUGCCUUUGAACGAAGACCACUUCCAGGACAUGCUUGUGGAUUUAAUGUCGGACACCUCCAGCAACUGCAGUGCUUGGCCUACGAGUGAAGGAAUUUACGCAGCGCUGGCAUCGCCCGGAGGUCGCAGUGUGUCCAGCAGGGUUUCGUCAGCCCUCUCCCCCGCUCCCUCCAUGACGUCCAGUGAGGACCCCUGCUCUGAUCUGGACGAUACUGAUAGUGAACAGAGCCAGAUUUCUCCAGACCCCGCUGAGAACCAGGAGGUCCAAAACAUGCCUACAACUACCUAUUCUGAAUCCAUGUGGCGGCCUUGGUGAAGCCCGAAAACCAGCGCCUUCUCAUGAAUAAUUACUGAUAGUUGGAAUCUACCUAUAUGUGAAUUGGUUCAUAUGCAUUUCCAGGCCGCACUGGCCUGAAACUGGCUUAGGUGUGGCGAGGCUGUUAGAAGCGCACAGCACUCUUCCCGUCUGCGUAGCCCUUUGAGGUCAGAGGCAGGCACUGACCUGCCUGCGUCUGUUUUGUAAAUAUCUGCCUGUUCAGAGAGGACAUCGCAAAGAAAAGCUCUUUUAAAAAGGCAGAACCAUUCCGACUGUGUCUAACGUUUCAGCCUCUCGUUUCACCCAAGCAAAUGUAGAAUUAAGUGAAGGUCGACUGUGUCAAGAGAACUUUGCAUGUUAAUCUUGUUGUUUUCGGAUGUGUAUUUUCCAUAUUCCUUGUUGGAAUUGAGAUUUUCGUCAACCAAUUAGGCAUAUAUCGCUACCUUCAGUGAAGGCGGGGUAAAUUAAACUCAUGGCUGUAAAUAUAAAUAAUUCUUGGUAGCAGAGAUGUAGUUGCCCGAAGGUGAAACCACUGUUAUUUACGCAGUGGCUGUAUGUUGUAUAUUUAGUGACUUAUUUGUUAGGUUUAAUUAAUUAAAAGAAAUUAAUGAAAAUGAAUGAAAGAACAUGAUAUUUUCGAUGUAAUUAAUGUAGUAAAUAUGAGUUUUGCUUGUUUAAUGUCGAUGUGUGUGCCUUGUCCUCGCCAGUGUCACCACAAAGUUGUGUCCGUCUUGCCUCUUGCCCAUGCAAUGUGACCUCAGAUUGUACCUUAAUUCCUACCUUGUUCAGCCUAUUAAAUGCAUAAUUCCUUCACCCAAAACAUAGUGGUCUGACUAAUGAUAACUAUGAUACUAUGUUUGCACACAAUCGAACGUGAUGACAUUGUUUUUCCAAGUACUUCCAACCAAUCACAUCAUUGUUCCA